UCUCCUUUCUUCCGCCUGGUAUCGAGCAGAGCUAAGAUCUACAUCCAUUGAUACCUACGAACUAACAGCCUGGUCGCAAUUUAUCAUCAUGGAUUUUCGAGUGGGUGACUUUAACCUCCCAGUAGGGGGAAAUUCCGAAUUCCGAAUGGAAGAUUUCGAUCCUCAAAUGGAAGAUUUUGAUGACCAGCUGGGUGAUAUCGACUUCUCGAUGGAGGGUAUGGAUUUCCAAAUGGCAGACAACAAUCACCAGGCGGAGAAUAUGGAUUACCUAUUAAGCAACUUCGCAUACAACAACCCCGAUCCUGGUAAUGUGUCGGGCAAUCAAUCCGGUCGUAAUGUCAGGGUACAGCAGGCGUCGGAAGGAGAAGCUAGUGUUCCGUCGAGUCCAGAUUCCCAGGCCUUCAUUAACUACUUUGAGUGGACAGAGAACAAUCUACCCAUUGGAGUAUCGUUCGACCCGAAUGCCCCGGCGGUUACCCCUGAAUUCUUGCGCGGAUGGACUUACAGGCCUGGACAGCCAGCUGAGCGCGCCGAAGAUGAGAAUCAAGUUAUUUUCGUGGGUUCGCGUGGGACUGGGUACCGCUCCGAAAUGGUUACGCCUGGAGAAGUUGCCGAGAACGAGCUCGCAGUUCGUCGAUCGUCUCGUCGCAGAAUUGCCCCUCGAAUUCCAUUCCCUAAUAAGCGACCAGAAUGGGCGAUGCUCGCGACGGAUUUCAAAACCGUUUCUACUAUACCGAACGACGUCUCUUUAUGGUGUCCUUGUUGUACACGAAUACUUCAGAGUAGCAGUUUCAGAAUGUCAUCUAGGAGCUAUACUCCGAUGGAGACAUGCAUGGAUUGCAGGAAGCGACAGGUAAUACCUCUGAAUGGCAUGGUUAUCUGCUGGAGCUCGUCUUCGGAUCUCAAAGGCUGCGGAAGAUUUCUUCCCCGGGCUAAUUUCUCCAGCUUUCACGAUUACGCAACCUUUACGGGUAUUCUAUGUCAAGAUUGUAGAGCUUUCGGUCCAGGUCGGGCGAGAUUCGAGGGUAGAUAUAUCGAGAGGGGGCCAUGAAAGAUGAGAGUCAUGAUGAAGCCUCUGAACUAGAGGCAAGUUAAAUGUCAAAUUAUAGCCGAGG